GCCACGGGAAGGCUCAAUAAAGGGCGCUAGUGUCCGUCAAGUGUCACAGCCGUUGCUUGUCUCCUCAGUAUUGUAAUUUAAAUCGGUGAUUUAAUUAGGAGUAACGUAUUUUUUUUCUAGAAUUUGUGAAACAUUAAGCAAUAAUGACCGACAAGAAAGCAUACCCGGUGACACCUCAUCCACCAACAGGUUUUGUCCCUGCGCCGGCACAGCCUGCUACCUACGGUAGUACACUUGCAGGUGCCGCACCGUACGGAGUAUUUCCUAAUCAGCCACAGCUGUAUGCAGCGCAAGGACCACCGCCGCCGACAUACGAUCAGACUCUUACUCAUCCGAUGAUGUAUCAACCAAUGUACGGCCAAGGAUACCCGGGGUACUUAGCGGGUUAUCCUGCAUACGGCCCGUUGCAAUAUUACCCACCAUUGGCUGCAGCUGCAGCGUAUUACCCUGCAGCAGCAAUGCAACCUCCAGUUAGGCCUCCUACACUCGUCAUGCCUAAUGGAUUCGAUGCGACUAAUCGAUUUGAUAGUAUCUCACAACCUGUCUUGCCACCACCUCCGACAGUUCCAAACGCCGCCCAAUUAGCUGCAAUGGCGAGUCACAGCGUGGCUAUAUCGCAAAAGAAAAAUUUCCUAGGAGGAGGAACAGAAGGCGGUUACACCUUUUGGUAAACCAUUAAACCUUUUGUGAAACACUAAGUCUAAAGAAAGGCAUUGUUGUCGAGAUGAUCCAUGUAGGCAAAUCUGAAUUUAUGUUAGAGUUCUACUAUUUUUCACAUUGGGAGCAGCUAUUAACUUAGUAUAUCUUGUGCGCGGACCGAUCGCACUCUCUAAUUCACGAUAUUCGAAAACAUGCUUAGUAUAUUUUCUGUUAUUUCUUUUUUUUUUUUUUUUUUUUUUUUUUUUCUCUUUUCG